CGCAGGGCUCUUGCAGCAUUGAGGACACUCCUGCCAAAGGCGUCGCCGUGGGAACGAGAAAGACCGAGUGAGCGCGUUUUUAGCGCAGUCAGCACUAAAGUCCCUCACUCUUGUUCCCCGGACCGGACGGAGAGUGCGAGCGUGCGCCAUGCGUCUCUGAACUCUAGCGCCAGCAUGCAGAACAUUUCUGAGGAGUGGAGAGAUCCCGCGUCCCGGGAUGGUGAAGGACACGGGGACGGAGCGCAGGGGAAGCCGCACGCGGACGCGGAGCGCGAGACGCUGAUGAUGGAGCUCACGCGCCUGGUGCAGAAGAGUGUGAGAGAGAGCAGCUGGUGGGAGAGGAGAGGAAUAGACUGCAGCAUCCUCACCGCAGCCUUCAUCAGUUUACCGGCAGGGUUCCUGUUGUUGGGUUCGUCUCAGCCGCUGUAUUUCCUGUUGGGUCUGCUGAUAAUGGGCAUUGCUCACGCUGUCAUCACCGUUAAAGGGACACAUCUGUCCAGUCACGGCGCGCUCAGCGAGUCUCCGGCCUGGACCGACUUCUGGGCCGUCUUCUUCAUCGAAGUGUGCGGCUCGUUCUCAGCGCGGGCCGGUGUUCAUGCUCACGUCAAGAUGCAUCACGCUCACACUAAUGUCAUCGGUCUGGGAGACUCCAGCACCUGGAAAAUCCCCUUCCUUCCUCGAUCCAUCUACCUGUUCAUCGCGCCGCUGGCCGUCCCCAUCAUCACACCCAUCGUUGCCAUCGGUCAGCUGAAGGGUCAGUCUCCGUUCCAGAUUGUGCGCACCGUCCUGUGUGUGUGUCUGGGGUUUUUCUCUCAGUAUUACCUGCUCAGGUGUGUGUCAGGACUCUCAUGCAGCUCUGCUCUGGUGGUCAUGCUUCUGUGCAGAGCCAUGUUCUCCCUGCCGUACAUACACGUUAACAUAUUUCAGCACAUCGGCCUGGCAAUGUUUUCUGCCUCUCAGCGUCCCAAACGCAUCUUCCAGAUGACACACGGAGUCCUGAACCUUCCCCGAAACCCACUGCUGGACUGGACCUUCGGCCAUUCCCUCAUCAGCUGCCACGUGGAGCAUCACCUCUUCCCAUUCCUGUCUGACAACAUGUGCCUGAAGGUGAAGCCUAUAGUGUCUCGGUAUCUGAAGGAGAAGAAGUUGCCGUAUCUGGAGGACGGUUAUGUCUCCCGUCUGCGUCUGUUCUUCCACAAAUAUCAGGAGCUGAUGGUGUUUGCGCCACCCAUCACUGAACUGGUGGGAAUACAGUGACGGAGAAAGAGGAUGAUGAUGAUGAUGAUGGGAUGAAGAGCAGAAGAUGAGAAGAUUGACACUGACAUGAUGGCUGGUGCAUGAAGGCAUUGGAAUUAAAGUAAACUUGAAACUUGGCUCACAAUUCAUUUUACUUGCAUAAUAUGAUGCAUUACUGAAAGAAGCAGGGUAUUUGACAAGAAUAAAAAUGUAGGAUGAGUACUUUAAGCCCUGGAUGACAUUUUGACGAAGGAUAAAGAAGUUAAAUAUUUGUUAGUUCAGAAUGAUAUGUGCUGUUGAAGGACCAGGAAUGUGCAUUAAGAAACAGGAUCGAAUCUGAAUUAAUCUCGUCUUUAUAACAAGCAAUGCUGUGCAUAGAAAGCAUCUUUUCAUUUAAAACAAAAUGCAUUCAAAUAUUCUUAAAAGGAGGAUUUCCUUCACAUUGAUUUUUAAGCAGUGCUUCCUAUUCACUUCGCUAAAUGACAUUAUUGAAUGUAAAGAUCAUUGCCUAAUGCACUAACUUCGGAUCAGUGUUAAUACAGCACUGCAGCGCUCAUCAUUCACGACCUCUGACCCCAGAUCAGCUCCCAGCUUCAAUAGACUAAAAAGAUGCAUACAACUUUACCUAAUCUACACAGGACACGCUUUGACUUUGUUCCAAAGUUUAGUGAGCUGCCUUUGCUGUCUCUUAAAGGGACAGUUCACCUAAAAAUUACAAUUCUGUAAUUUACUCACACUCAAGUUGAUCCGAACCGGUAUGAAUUCCUUUCACCUGCUGAAAACACACACACACACACA